CAAUCCUCCCCCCCAACCAAACCUUUCUGCAAGAUCUGGUAUCUGAGUGUUGCUUUGCACUUUCCGGGACCUGAGUCCAGUCAUACGUGGGGUCAGAGGCACUAAGGGAUUUGUACCUUUUUGUUUGAGAUCAAUAUCUUCCUCUCUGUUUGAUAUUUAUAGGUCCUUCUCUCCUCACAGGAUUACAACAGAAUCCCGCUAUGCCUCUGGGAACACCUGCCCCCCUAAACAAGCGGAAAAAGCCCUCCAAGAUCAUAACCGACCUAUCACAUAUCAGUCAGGAUGAGUUUGAGCUGGAGCCGGAGGCAUCCGAGUUCGAUCUGGGAACAAAGAUCAGGACUCCCAAAGAGAUCAUGCUGGAGGAGCUUUCCCUGAUGAAGAACCGAGGCUCCAAGAUGUUCAGGAUGCGGCAGCAGAGAGUCGAGAAGUUCAUCUACGAGAACAACCCGGAUGUUUUCACCACCAAUUCGAUGGACGACUUCCAGAAGUUUGUUCCAUCUUUGGGGGGUCAGGUGGGAGGUCAGUUUAUCAAUGUCGGAGGGCACCAUGUAAGCAAAGAGACUAGACAUCUGUAUUUAGGAGCUACACCUAUGGAAGGAGGAGCACCGGUGCCUCCCCCCAAGCCCGGAAGCAAAGGAGCAGGAGGAGCAGGAGGAGCAGGAGGUGUUGGAGGUGCAGGACAAGGAGGACUGGCAGGAGUCGACAAAGGCAUCAAAGGAGAAGCAACGUGGUCAUCCUCAAAAGGAGCUGGAAAAGACGGCAAGGGUAAGACGCUGGUUGUUGUAAAGACGUAUAUCUCACCGUGGGAGAAGGCCAUGAAGGGUGACCAGGGCCUACUAGCCACUCUAAAAUCUGAAAUGCCUGGCCCCAUUGAGCGAAAAGACUUGCCCAAAUACAAAAGCUUCAACAGGAUGGCGAUGCCGUACGGCGGCUUUGAUAAGGCCAACCAGCUCAUGAAAUUCCAGUUGCCAGAAACCGAGGUGACCAAAGAGGAGCCUGAACCCGCGGUGGUGUACCAACACGACAUCAGCUGCCGUCCCUCCUUCAACCGUACCCCCAUCGGCUGGGUGACCAGCAACGAGCCCAGCAGCAUCCACAUGGAGACGGAUGCCGUGCCCUUCGACGGAGAAACAGACGAGCUGUGAAAACCCGAUGCUGUGAUUGCGAUUACUUCCACGUUAGCCUGACUGUAUGGAUUAAGUUUAGCAUGCACACACACACACACACACUCGCGCGCUGUAGGUGAGCUAAAAGGGGUUUUGUAGAACUGAUCAAACUGAGAGACUCGGUGUGAAUAACAGAAAGUGUAAAUGCUCGUCAUUUUCUCUGUAUUGAGUUGCAAAGGAAAAGCCGCAGACGCUACUGAGAGAUAAAACGUCGACUGUCAAGCCUAAAUGAUGAAACUGGCGGAAAAGAGAAACUUAUGGAUGGAGAUUGAGAUUUCACCUAUGUGAUGUCUAUGUGUGCUCCCUCAAUGUUAAAAUGUUUCUUCACUUGUUA